UAGUUUGUACACAAUUGUUGGCACAACGUGGAGUGCACGAACAGAAAACGCUAAGUUAUAGCACUGGAAAGAAGUCUAACAGAGGAAAACCAGACUCAUCCGAUAGCUAUAAAUAUCAGUGUAUGAGAAACUGUGCAAUGGCUCCAUCACUCUCUCAGGCCUAUAGGAGGCGCUGGUGGAUGGCAGUCACAGCAAUCAUUGAAAACCUGCUCUUCUCUGCUGUGUUGCUUGGUUGGGGCUCCCUCCUCAUCAUGCUGAAGAAUGAGGGCUUCUACUCACACCUGUGCACAGAGAAUGUCACAGAGGGUCACUUGAACAUAAGUUUAAUGGAAAGACUGGAUUGGCUGAGCUGUGUUGAGCAGGAGGAGAUUUUGAAUCUGGGCUUUACGAUUGGCUCGUUCAUAAUCAGCGCGGCCACUUUGCCUCUAGGAGUCUUGAUGGACAAGUUUGGGCCACGUCCAAUUAGAUUGCUUGGCAGUUCCUGUUUUGCAUUCUCCACGGGUUUGAUUGCUGUUGCGGCAUAUAAUCCUACUGUGUUAUCUGCUCUCAUAUUUAUUGCUGUGUCCAUGAAUGGGUUUGGAGGAAUCUGUCUGACCUUCACUUCAUUAACAUUGCCAAAUAUGUUUGGAAAUGUGCGCUCAACAAUUCUUUCACUCAUGAUUGGCUCUUAUGCCUCCUCUGCUGUCACCUUCCCAGGAAUCAAGCUGAUAUAUGAUAUGGGGGUGUCAUUUUGUGUGAUCUUCUGGGUCUGGUCGGGCUUUGCCUGUCUCGUCUUCCUCAACUGCUUUGUUAAUUGGCCGGGAGAGUCUUUUCCUGCCCCAGAGGACAUAAGAUACACUAAAAUGGUGAAGUUGAGAAGUGACGUAAUGGACCAUAAGAAGACUGGAGAUCAAUUCUUCACUCACGAGACUGUUGUAGAGCAAGAUGUGACCAAAAAACAAUCUUUAAAUGAUGAAGCACACAGUGAUGAAACAGAACCACAGAGCCAGGGAUCCCCUCCUUUCCGUCGUUCUGUGUGCUCACCAAUCUUUCUGUGGAGUCUCAUCACCAUGCCGAUGACCCAACUACGUGUAAUUUUUUUCAUGGGUGCCAUGAAUAAGAUGUUGGAGUUCCUGGUUACCCAUGGUGACCCUAACCCCUCUGAUGAGUUAGUGAAGGAGGCAGAAGAGCAAGUGAGUCUCUACUCGUCCAUCUUUGGCACUCUACAGCUGCUUUGUCUGGUCACCUGUCCUCUCAUUGGCUACAUCAUGGACUGGAGAAUGAAGGAGUGUGAGGACAGUUCAGCUGAGGGAGAAAAAAGUUCAUCUAGGCCUCCAAAGAGGGACAGAAAGAUCCAGAAGCUCACCAAUGCCAUCAGAGCUUUCACCUUUACUAACCUGCUGCUAGUCAUCUUUGGCAUCAUCUCCCUUAUAGACAAUCUACCCAUACAGGUGAUGUCUUUUGUUCUUCACACGGCAGUUAGAGGUUUUAUUCACUCUUGCUGUGGUGGGCUUUAUGCUGCUGUCUACCCAACCAAUCACUUUGGCACUCUGACGGGCCUGCAGUCCAUGAUCAGUGCUCUGUUUGCCCUCCUACAACAACCACUAUUCAUCUACAUGCUGGGACCAUUGAAUGGGGAUCCUUACUGGAUCAACUUAGGCCUGCUUCUGUUCUCAUUGGUCGGAUUCAUGUUGCCAGGAUACCUGUUCUUCCAUCGGAGGCAACUUAUAAAAGACAAGGCAGCGCGAGAGAGUCUGUCACUGUGCCAAUCAACACAGGAGAAUGUCAGCCUCAGUCAAACUAACGAUUCCUCUAAAUAUCAAUCUAACGGGACUGUCUGAAGUGGAAAGAGAUGAUCAUUAUGUAUGUGAAUUAUGGCAAUGAUAGACCACUCUGUUUUAUAACAAUUAUUGUUCAAAGGCACUUCGAAAAAUGGAAAUAUAUUACGCAUCAUAUUGAGUCAUUGUAAAUAUAAAACAGCGUUACAAAAAUCCAAAUGUGCAAUUUAAAGUAGACAGUCAAGGCUAUGAGUUCAAGACUGAACAUGGUGUAUUAUCUAGGCUUUUUAAGAUCACCUGGCUUUCUCUCUUAAAAGAUUUGCUCACCAUAAGAACCACAUUUACAAUGUUUUUAACAGAGGAUUAUAUUGAAACUUUGAAAAGUCCUGUAAAAUGGUAGAAGAAACAUUAGGGGUUUAAUAACUUCAAAACAAUCACACUUUCCUUCAUACUGUAACACAGAAGCACAUCCUGCCUCAUCACUUUCUUGAAGUCAACAUGAAAUCAAAAUUUACCCUGUUUACUGUAAUACAUGGUCCUUGUUAGGUCUGGGUAAGGUAUUGAUACAGAUUUUUUGAUUCAAUUCCGAUUCAAAAGCUCUCGAUUUGAUUCAAUUCCGAUCUCAAUUUGAUAUCGAUUCGUACAGUAUGGGUACAUUUCUGUUACGAGGUCCAUUUUGCUCGCAUAUAAAAUAAAUUCAUUCUCAGCUAAUGCUCUUAAUCAAAAGGAAUAUUCUAGGCAUCCCUUCUAGGUACAGUUCGAAAAUAUUAAUUUUACAAAUUAUAUUUUAUCAUCAGUUUUUCAUCAAAUUGGUCACAUUUUAGCUUUUGAAAAAUGUUCAAAUUGAGUCUAUUCCAUCAGUUAAUGUCUUGAUUUUUGUUACAUUUUUAUUGUUCACUUGGAUUAUUUGGACUAUUUACAAGUAUUUAUAUUGACAUGUAGAACACAUGCUAAAUUGGUACCGUCUCUUUAAGACUAGCAGCGUAAGUCAGUAAGGAAUAAUUGAUGACAGGACCAUUGAAUUAUUGAAAACUAAGGUGGUAAUGGGUCACAACGCACAGCGGAGUGAAGUUAUACCUCAGGUGUGCAUUAUUUUUCAAUAAUUCGACGGGCAUGAGUCAAUUAUUCUGCUUAUACCACACCUUAAGACAUCGUUCAGGGUUUUAUCUCAAGACAUUUUCAGGUUUUCAUCCCUGAAAUGGUCUUGUGAGUGGAACUACUUUCUUCCGCCAAGGAUUCAGCGUCUUGCUCUGAUACAGCUCAAGCCUUCAUUGCUACUUCAAAAACGUCACUUUCGAACUAGCAACGGAGGAUAGCGAGGCUCGCGCUGUCCUUUAGAACUAGCAACGGCGCCGCUUUUCGGCAUGUGUGAGUGUGCUGAAAAUACUUUGAAACAUAAAAAGUUUCAUUUAUUGAAAGUUAUUUUGGAUAAUAGAAACUGUUGUAUUGAUCAAGUCGCGGGGGGUGCGGCUCUGUUUGUUGGUUGUGACACGAGUCUCAAUGUGUGUGUGUGCGUAUGUACGUGUGUGAGCAUGUGUAAGUGUGGGGGAGAGACGAGGGAGAUUUUCUACCGAAAUUGAAAUGUAGGAUGUUAUAGAUAUUGUUUGACAUCCUUAAGUGAUUUACUUUAACCAGUGUCUUUGUUUAUUUGGUUAUCUUUCUGUGGUAGCAUGCAGUGAGAGCAAAAGAGAGAGAGAGAGAAAGAGAGAGAGUCCAUGGAUGCUUUUCAAUCGAAAUUUAAAUAAAUUUAGGAUAUUAUAGACAUUGUCAUUCUUAUCCGAUGUACUUGAAAAAUAAUUGCACACCUUCGAACAUCAGAAUCAGAAUCAGUCAUUCAACAGACCCGUGGUAUAAGCGCAUAUAAUUAGAGAAGAUGUGCGUGGUUUCUUUAGUGCAUCCAUGUGUGAUUCGAAUUAAAUGUUUCUCUUUUUUGUUUGUUUUUAAUCAACAACUGACUGUAAAAAACAAAAGGUAUCAAAAGAUACAUUAUUCAAUGACAUAUGGAUCCGUGGAUCUCGUCUUUCCACACACAGAACGCGUUAAACCAAACUUUGACUCUCAACAUGCAGUGAAAGGUCCUAUGUUCUAAUAACUUCUCCACUGAACUACUCAAUCACUGGUGAGUGAAAUCUGAACAUUUACCAGCCAGUGGCUAAUCAUAGAAUUUUUUAGUCGCAUAGCAUGAGAUUUGGUUGCAGAAACCAGUGAUUUACUUGCUUUAUAGAGGGUUGCCACCACUGUUGGGUGCAGUUGGAUUACAAAGUAAUUAGUUCCUGUAAUCUGAUUACUUUUAGGCACAAAACAUAGUGUAACAUAAUUACAUUUUAAAUUCUUGUAAUCAGAUUAGUUACUGACUUUCAAUGUAAGUAAUUACUUUUAAGUGCAUCACUUGGUUUACAAUUACUUCUAAAACAACAUUUAUGUGUAAUACAAUUAAAAUGUGAAUUCAUAUGUACGUCUGUUUGCUUUCCUAUGACUGCUGAAGGGUGUAUGAGAAUGUACAAGGAGAAAAUAGAUAUUUGAGUGGAAAAACAAAAAAAUCUUUUGUGACAAGUGUUUUAGAAAGUAAUUUAAAAGUAAUUAGAUAUGUGAUUACUUUUUCAAUUAAGUAAUCAGUACAGUAAUCUGAUUAGAUUUUUAGAGAAGUAGUUAGUAAUUUGUAGUGCAUUACUUUUUUCGUAACUUACCCUACACCCACAUAGUGUGAAAGAUCGAUCUUGGGGUUUAAGAAUCGAUAUCGAGAUCGUUCAAACGAAGAUCGCGACGCAUCGGAAAAUCUAUAUUUUUACCCAGCCCUAGUCCUUGUCUUAUUUUGCAUGAUACCUUCAUGCACAUUAUUCCACAGAAAUAAUUAACAACUCUGAAAUGAUUUCCGCUACUGGAAGACGUCACCUAAGUCCAUAUGGACUAUUAGUUCUUGUUAAGCAGUAGCCAAAUAUACAUUUGUUUCCUCAUUGAAUCACUCGUAAAUGUCACAUUACUAAAGUAAAAUUGUUUGCGAAUGCCGUUUCAUGUUGACUUUGGAGGACAAUCAUAUCAUCUUCAUUAUGUAUGUGCAGGUCACAGGCAUAUUCAAAAUUACUAAUAUUAGUCAUGAAUUAAUAAAAUAUAUAUAAUGUUUGUGAAUGUUCAUUUGUAUGGUAAAAGCACACCUCCCAUUUUGACUCAUAAAUGAGGCAGGGCAUCAUAUAAUGCAUGACAUCAUGGCUAAAUCCAUAAUUCUUUUCUUUUAAUUUUAAAACUGUGUGUGUGAGUAAUGAGCUUUUUGUAGCUUCUUCUGCCUUACCUCACUCACUAAACUAGUGUAAUUUCACUAUGGACACUGAUGGAUAUGCUGCUUACACGAUGUGCCUUUAAUGAAGACUGGCAAGUAUAGACGGGUCAUUGUUAUGACCUUAUUUCAGAGACUAGUUUGCACUAUAUACUUUGUUCAGUGUGUUUCAGUUUCGCAAUAAGAGAUAUGGAGGGAAGUUUAAGAAAUGUUCUGUAUUUUACAGAACUGAUUUCAUGUUCUCAAAUCUUCCAGUGAUUCUGUUGAUUUUUCAAAAUAGUGGUGCUUGCAUUGGCUACGUUUUUCUCACAACUGUAAAUAUGCCUGAAGGAAAAACAAAAAAUAAAUGUUGACAUUUGUUUCACAAAUUAGCACAUUUCUUGGCUGUCUGUGAUUUAUUUGUAAAGUUGUUUAAAACAGUUGAAUGAAAAUGGUUCCAUUAUUCAUCAUAUUCAUAAAUAGACACAGGCACUUUUGCACUAAUAUAACAGAGAUGAGGUACAUUACAUAAUCACACACACACACACACACACACACUAAUAUAUAUAUAUAUAUAUAUAUAUAUAUACACACACACA